CCUCCAGCUGUGGCGUCCCAGGCGCCCGCCCCUCGCCCGCCGCCUCCCCUGGCGCCCCUGUCCUCACCCUGCGCUGUCCGUGCACCGCGGACCCGCUGUCCCCAGCGCCUCUGCCCCUUGCCUUGAAGAUGAAGGUUUGGCUGCUGCUGGGUCUUCUGCUGGUGCACGAAGCGCUGGAGGAUGCAGUCACUGGCCAACAUCUUCCCAAGAACAAGCGUCCAAAGGAGCCAGGAGAGAACAGAAUCAAGCCUGCCAACAAAAAGGUGAAACCCAAAAUUCCUAAAAUAAAGGACAGGCUCUCAGUGGAUUCAGCGCCAAAGACACCAUCUAUAAUGAUGCAAAUGAUGGAUAAAGGACGGUUCCAGAAGCCCGCUGCCACCCUGAGUCUGACGGCGGGGCAAACGCUAGAGCUUCGAUGUAAAGGGAAUAAAAUCGGAUGGAGCUAUCCCGCCUACCUUGACACCUUCAAGGACACUCGCCUCAGCGUGAAGCAGCACGAGCGCUACGGCCAGCUGACCCUAGUCAACUCCACCGCGGCCGACACCGGCGAGUUCAGCUGCUGGGGGCAGCUCUGCACCGGCUACGUGUGCAGGAGGGACGAGGCCAAGACCGGCUCCACCUACAUCUUCUUUACAGAGAAAGGAGAAAUCUUUGUACCUUCUCCCAGUUACUUUGAUGUUGUCUACUUGAACCCGGACAGACAGGCUGUGGUUCCUUGUCGAGUGACCGUCCUGUCAGCCAGAGUCACGCUCCACAGAGAGUUCCCGGCCAAGGAGAUCCCAGCCAAUGGGACGGACAUCGUUUACGACGUCAAGAGAGGCUUUGUGUACUUGCAACCUCACUCCGACCACCAGGGGGUGGUCUACUGCAAGGCGGAGGCUGGGGGCAAGUCUCAGAUCUCCGUCAAGUACCAGCUGCUCUACGCGGAAGUUCCCAGGGGCCCCCCGUCCACAACCAUCUCGGCGUCGGCCAACAAAGUGAAAGGUGGGGAUGACGUCAGCGUCCUCUGCACUGUCCUUGGGGAGCCGGACGUCGAGGUGGAGUUCAGGUGGAUCUACCCAGGGCAGAAGGAUGAAAGGCCCGUGACGAUUCAAGACACUUGGCGGCUGAUCCACCGAGGACGCGGACACACCACCAGGAUCUCCCAGAGUGUCCUGACUGUCGAGGACCUGGAGACCAUCGACGCCGGCGAUUACAUCUGCACGGCUCAGAACCCCCGAGGACAGACGACAGUAGCUACCACUGUUGAGUUUUCCUGACUCGGGAAGUGAAGUCUAACGGACUGAUGCAAAGCCCACGUGUGCACACAACUAGCUCCGGGGUUCCUCUGACUUCUGCUUUGCCUGAGGCCGAUGUCCAGUGCCAAACCCCAGGUCCUGCCUUGUGAGUCAGACCCAGACAUCUGAGCUAAACGGAAGUCACCGGGUCUAGUAACAGAAGUGUUAACUCCUCUAACAGAAAGCAUGUAUUCUGAUUGCUGACCUACGUAUAUGCACUUCUAGUUUUUAUACUAAGAAGGCAUAUAUGUAAACAAUGUCAUAUAAUCAUUUCUAUUAAAUGAGCAAGUUUU